UCCGCAGCGAGCGCGGUGCCCUCGCGGCCACUCCGAACCCCAGGGGCAUCCGACGCUCCCCGAACCCCUGUUCCUCGACAGCCGCGGUGGCUGAGUCACUGGGCGGCUCGGGCGGGGCCGCAUGCGGGCACGUGGCAGCGCUCCCCGCCCGCCGUCUCCUGACCCUUGGCCUGCCGCACCCACUACCCCAGGGUGGAAAUCUCCCGAGAGGGAGCGGCCAGAGAUAAGGCGGGGAAGGCGAAAUGGAAGACCAGGGCCAUGGCCAUGCAGAAAAUCUUUGCCCGAGAAAUCCUGGACUCCAGGGGCAACCCCACAGUGGAGGUGGACCUGCACACGGCCAAGGGCCGAUUCCGAGCAGCUGUGCCCAGUGGAGCUUCCACAGGUAUCUAUGAAGCUCUGGAACUAAGAGAUGGAGACAAAUCUCGCUACCUGGGGAAAGGGGUCCUGAAGGCCGUGGAACACAUCAAUAAGACUCUAGGCCCCGCACUGCUGGAAAAGAAACUAAGCGUGGUGGAUCAAGAAAAAGUUGACAAAUUUAUGAUUGAGCUGGAUGGGACAGAGAAUAAGUCCAAGUUUGGGGCCAAUGCCAUCCUGGGCGUGUCCCUGGCCGUGUGCAAGGCCGGAGCAGCUGAGAAGGGGGUCCCGCUCUACCGACACAUUGCAGAUCUCGCCGGGAACCCAGACCUGAUCCUCCCAGUCCCUGCCUUCAAUGUGAUCAACGGGGGCUCCCAUGCUGGAAACAAGCUGGCCAUGCAGGAGUUCAUGAUCCUGCCCGUGGGAGCCAGAUCCUUCAGGGAAGCCAUGCGCAUCGGUGCCGAGGUCUACCACCACCUCAAGGGGGUCAUCAAGGCCAAGUAUGGGAAGGACGCCACCAAUGUGGGUGAUGAGGGCGGCUUUGCACCCAACAUCCUGGAGAACAAUGAAGCCCUGGAGCUGCUGAAGACCGCCAUCCAGGCGGCUGGUUACCCCGACAAGGUGGUGAUUGGCAUGGACGUGGCGGCAUCUGAGUUCUAUCGCCACGGGAAGUAUGAUCUCGACUUCAAGUCACCUGAUGACCCUGCACGGCACAUCACUGGGGAGAAGCUGGGGGAGCUGUAUAAGAGCUUCAUCAAGAACUAUCCUGUGGUCUCCAUCGAGGACCCUUUUGACCAGGAUGACUGGGCUACCUGGACCUCAUUCCUCUCGGGGGUCAACAUCCAGAUCGUGGGGGAUGACCUCACAGUCACCAACCCCAAGAGGAUUACCCAGGCCAUUGAGAAGAAGGCCUGCAACUGCCUGCUGCUGAAGGUCAACCAGAUCGGCUCAGUGACUGAAUCCAUCCAGGCCUGCAAACUGGCUCAGUCUAACGGCUGGGGGGUGAUGGUGAGCCACCGCUCCGGGGAGACCGAGGACACGUUCAUCGCUGACCUCGUGGUUGGGCUCUGCACGGGACAGAUCAAGACUGGUGCCCCCUGCCGCUCAGAGCGUCUGGCCAAAUACAAUCAGCUCAUGAGGAUUGAGGAGGCUCUCGGGGACAAGGCUGUUUUUGCUGGACACAAGUUCCGUAACCCAAAGGCCAAGUGAGAAGCAGGAGGCCCCAGGAUCCCACGGGACAGAUCUAGGCCUUCAGGCCCUUCCCCCUGAAAUAAACACUGGUGCCAACCAA